AAUAGCUGGGCGUUCUGAACGAUGAAACUGCAUUGGAUUUAGUGCUUCGGAAUUCUCAUCCUUGUUAUGAUGAGCCAUCGCUUUCGUUGUCAUUGUGCGACUUUCCAUCGACGUUUUCAUUAUGGGCAGACGCUUUUAACGUUUGUAAACGAGGUCAUAUAUACGUCAAUAUCUGCUGCGCGCGCAUAAGAAGCGAAAGUUCCUAUUAUUUCGAACUUCCUCAUUCGAAUUUAACGUAGAGGGUCUCGGUGAAGCUCUCGUGAUGGACAGGCGAGAAUUCCGCACACUGAGUUUAAAACUCAAAAAUGAAGUUACAGCAGCUAAUCUUAAAGGUCUUAAAGCUGCGAUACAGGACGAUUUUGGAGCUGCAGAGCUGGAACAGAUGCAUGACUUUCUGGAUGUCUGGAAUGCGCUGGAAAGGAGUGGAAAAAUAGCCCCCGGCAAUUUACACUAUUUGAUAUCAAACUUUGAACAUGUGAAUAAAGCAUACACGGUCCGUAAAAUCCUGCACAAUGCGAUGGGCUAUGCCGUAGCCGAUGAAUACUCCAAACCGCAACACCCAGCUCGGGAGCAGGUGCCAAAGACCAAGACGACUAAACCAGUCCAGCCAGACAGUGAGCAUUGUGUCCUAGGACAAGACAAGUAUUUCCAAGAUCCCCGUUAUGAUUGCCCACUACAGAAGGAGAAUUUAGUCAAGAUGAAGAACAGGGGCAUCAUGUUGAUUAUAAACCAGUUUAAGAGAGAAAGAUGCGGUACCGAGGAGGAUGUUGCUGCACUGAAGAUACUUUUUGAGGUUGAGCUUGAUUUCCAUGUCGACCUGAGACAAGACCAGACAAAGGACGAGGUCAUCGAUGCUUUAAAAGAUAAAGUUCGAAUGAUGAAUGACAAUUUAGUGGAACGAUUCUUUUGUGUCAUUUUGAGCCAUGGAGAUGAGCAUGGGAUAUGGUGUACCGACAGUUCCGGAGGCAAAGAACAACGGAUCAGUCUCGAAAAAGAGAUUUUACCCAUGUUCCGUGCUGAUAAACUGCCAAGUAUGAAAGACCGUCCUAAAGUCUUCAUUGUGCAGGCUUGCAGGGGAUUAGAUUACCAUAAAGGCAUUACUGUGAGUGAUGCUGGUGAUGAUGCUACGCCUGUCAUGCCUGUGGAUGACCCUCCUAAGGAGAAUCCUGCGGCAACUGAGGCUACAGAUAUGAACCCACUUUUCAUACCGAAUGAGGCUGACUUCUUAGUUGCUUAUCCGCAGACUGACGGUUAUAAAAGUUUCCGUAACACUAAGGAGGGAUCGUGGUUCAUCCAGACUCUCGUGAAUGUCUUCAAGGCUUGUUACAAGGACCAUGACCUGCUGAGUAUGCUGACCGAGGUCAAUAAUCAAGUCAGCAAAAUGUUCGAUGUCACCAGACCAAGACCGAAAACCGGUACACCCGACUUGCAGAUGCCAUGUUUUAUGUCUUCCCUCAGAAAGAAGUUGUUUCUUACCUGAAAGGAUGCUCCCUGCCAUGCAACUUUUCAUCUUUUUUUUAUCUGGAUGCACUGCUUCAAUGUUGUUCUCGAAAACCUCAAAUGCACAAUCCCCUUUUUUAUCUUAAGUUUUGAGACAACGCUAUAUUCUUCUGUUCUGAAUGGAUUUUGAAAGAUGUUGUAAAUGAUAUUGAACGUCUUAAUGAUAUUACUCUAGAUCUGUAUAAGGUACUGAUGGUUAUAAAGAUGAUGUUUUAAUUUAACUCCGGGAAUUGUGUGCCAAGUUCAAAUUCCGAGUCAUUUUGGUAUUCCUGAAUUCGGUCUACUUCAAUACACCGCUAACACCGCCCGCGAUGUAUUGAUUGGUAAAUAUGCAAGUGCAUGGUUGAAUGAGAUCAACACCAUGCCCAAGUUGAGAACUUACAAAUCGUUAAAAAACACGUUUGAAAUUGAAAGCUAUGUUAAGGUACCGCUAAAUAGAGAAAUGCGCUCUAUUAUUGCAAGACUCAGAAAUGGAAGUUUCCCGCUAAAUAUCGAAAUAGGUCGAUAUCGUCACAUAUAACUCCACCAACGUUUAUGCAUUAUGUGUGCAAGUAAUGAGAUAGAAGAUGAAGAACACUUUCUUUGUUCGUGCCCAGCAUAUAAUCAGCUCCGCAAAAACUUUAUACCUUAGCAUCAGCUAAAUACACGGACUUUCGAAUGAUUGGACAGAAGUUAAAUGUUUAUGUUAACAGACCAUCGUCUGGUUAAAGAUGUUGCGAAAUAUGUAACCAGAUGCAUGUCUGUUAGGAAGGGCGCCGCCUGAAUUAUGUAAUUUUGUUAUUUUUUAUGUGUCUCAUAAGCCUAAUGAGGCUGGCUUUUCUUUUAAAGGUGACACUUUAAUAAACAAUAUACAUUGUAUAUAUAUACAGGAAGUGUUGCUACUUAUUCCAAGCGAACGAAAAUCCCACCGAUCGUUAUAUCAAGACUGGCCGAGUCUUUCAUCCGGACGAAACAAGUAGCUCAUAUAUUUUUUAAAACCUUCUAUGAAAUAUUUUGCUCAGGCAUAAAAAACCCAAUUAUGACUGCUCCAUUAUCACCGAGAAGGGAAUGGAAUGAUUCAAAGAAUGAGGUCUUCAUACCAUCCUUUCAUGCUCGCCAUAUCGCCAAAAAUGUCCAAUGCGGGAUAAAAUGACAUGAUGACCACCAACCCCCCCCCC